GUGAAAGUGAAACUAUUCUGUGACUUUGCUUCAGUCGCCAUUUUAACUGCGCAGCACGAAGACACAAUGUUCUCUCUCGUGUGAUUGGUCACUGGACUGAACACAGAUCCACAUCAGACGUCCUCCAGGAAACAUGGAGAAGAUUUUCAAUCUAACUGAGAGAAAGACUGAAGUCCAGCAGAUGAGUGAUUGUGUGGAGGAAGACGAGGACAGAGCAGAGUCUCCAGGACCCAGCGGUCUGUCUGUGAAGAGUGACUGGUCUAUGGGAGAACCUCCAGUCUUCAGUCAUGAACCUGGAGCCUCAGAGACAAAAGGUCAGAACCAGAGACGGAGAGCAGAGUCUCCAGGACCCAGCGGUCUGUCUGUGAAGAGUGACUGGUCUAUGGGAGAACCUCCAGUCUUCAGUCAUGAACCUGGAGCCUCAGAGACAAAAGGUCAGAACCAGAGACGGAGAGCAGAGUCUCCAGGACCCAGCGGUCUGUCUGUGAAGAGUGACUGGUCUAUGGGAGAACCUCCAGUCUUCAGUCAUGAACCUGGAGCCUCAGAGACAAAAGACAAGUUUGCUGUUUCUGUAGACAAGCACACGUCCUGCUGUCCUCUGUGUCAGGACGUCCUGAAGGAUCCAGUCUCCACCAGCUGUGGUCACCGGUUCUGCAGACACUGCAUCUCCUCAUACUUGGACCAGUCUGGUCCACCAGGAGACUCCUGCUGUCCCCAGUGUGGGAAAAGACCCAGGACAGGACGUGGACCACAGAGCAUCAGUGUACAGAAUGUUGGUCUGCAGAAGGUUCUAGAUGAACAUAAGAUCAGUCUGAGGAGGAGAUUUGAACAUGUGACUGAAGGAACUGAUGCAAGAGGAAGUAGAACCCUCCUGAACAGGAUCUUCACUGAGCUCUACAUCACAGAGGGACAGAGUGAAGAGGUCAAUACUCAACAUGAGGUGAUGCAGCUGGAGACAACCUCCAAGAAGAAAAUGGUCCAGGACACUCCCAUCAAGUGCUGCGACAUCUUUAAAGCCUUACCUGACCAGCAGGGGAGCAUCAGAGUCGUCCUGACCAACGGCGUCGCUGGUGUUGGAAAAACCUUCUCAGUGCAGAAGUUCACUCUGGACUGGGCCGAGGGUUUGGAAAACCAGGAUGUGAAUCUGCUGAUUGUGCUUUCGUUCAGAGAGCUGAACCUGAUCAGAGAUCAGCAGCACAGUCUUCUCACGCUGCUCCAUGUUUUCUAUCCAACAUUAGAGAAGGUCAGAGCAGAGGAGCUUGCUGUCUGUAAACCUUUGUUCAUCUUUGACGGCCUGGAUGAAAGCAGACUCUCACUGGACUUCAGCAGCAGGACUCUGGUUUCUGACGUCACACACAGGUCAUCAGUCAACGUGCUGCUGACCAACCUCAUCCAGGGGAAUCUGCUUCCCUCGGCUCUCGUCUGGAUAACUUCACGACCUGCGGCGGCCAAUCAGAUCCCUCCUACAUGUGUUGACAGGGUAACAGAAGUACGAGGCUUCACUGACGACCAGAAGGACGAGUACUUCAGGAAGAGAUCCAGAACUGAAGAUCUGUCCAGCAGAAUCAUCUCACACAUCAAGACGUCCAGGAGCCUCCACAUCAUGUGUCAAAUCCCAGUCUUCUGCUGGAUCAGUGCUACAGUUCUGGAGCACAUGUUGACCACAGAGCAGAGAGGAGAGCUGCCCAAGACCCUGACAGACCUGUACUCACACUUCCUGCUGGUUCAGACAAAGAGGAAGAAGAACAAGUACGAUAAAGGACAUGAGAUGAGUCCACAGGAGCUGAUGGAGGCCGACAGGGACGUUCUUCUGAAGCUGGGGAGGCUGGCCUUUGAACAUCUGCAGAAAGGAGACAUCAUGUUCUACCAAGAAGACCUGGAGCGGUGUGGUCUUAGUGUGACAGAGGCCUCGGUGUACUCUGGAGUUUGUACAAAGAUCUUCAGAAGAGAGAGCGUGAUCUUACAGAAAACAGUCUACUGCUUUGUUCAUCUGAGCGUGCAGGAGUUUCUGGCUGCAGUCUACAUGUUCCACUGUUUCACCAACAGGAAGACAGAGGUACUGCAGGACUUCUUCAGACAAGAAGACAAAGACAGGGACUCAAACAGAUUUAGCAGAAACUUCUCACUCGACGACUUCCUGAAAGAAGCCAUGAAGAAAUCACUUCAAAGUGAAAAUGGUCACCUGGACCUGUUUGUUCGCUUCCUUCAUGGACUCUGUCUGGAGUCCAACCAGAGACUCUUAGGAGGUCUGCUGGGUCAGACUCAGAACAGUCCAGAAAUCAUCCAGCGUGUCAUCAAGAACCUGAAGGAGAUGAACACAGACAACAUCUCACCUGACAGAAACAUCAACAUCUUCCACUGUCUGACAGAGAUGAACGACCAAUCAGUGCAUCAGAAGAUCCAAGAGUUCAUGAAGUCAAAGAGCAGAGGACAGGCACUUUCUGAGAUCCACUGCUCAGCUCUGGCUUACAUGCUGCAGAUGUCUGAGGAGGUUCUGGAUGAGUUGGACCUGGACAAGUACAACACAACAGCCCAGGGAAAACAAAGACUUUUUCCAGCUGUGAGGAACUGCAGGAAGGCUCGGUUGAGUGGCUCCAGAUUGUCAGAGAUCAGCUGUUCUUCUCUGGUCUCAGCUCUGAAGUCCAACUCCUCCCACCUGAGAGAACUGGACCUGAUCUUGAACGAUCUGUAUGAUUCAGGAGUGAAGCUGCUGUGUUCUGGACUGGAGAGUCCACAUUGUAGACUGGAGACUCUGAGGUUGAGUCACUGCAGAUUGUCAGAGAUCAGCUGUUCUUCACUGGUCUCAGUUCUGAAGUCCAACUCCUCCCACCUGAGAGACCUGGACCUGAGUGGGAACCAUCUGCAUGAUUCAGGAGUGAAGCUGCUGUGUUCUGGACUGGAGAGUCCACAUUGUACACUGGAGACUCUGAGGUUGAGUUACUGCAGAUUGACAGAGAUCAGCUGUUCUUCUCUGGUCUCAGUUCUGAAGUCCAACUCCUCCCACCUGAGAGACCUGGACCUGAGUCUGAACCAUCUGAAUGAUUCAGGAGUGAAGCUGCUGUGUUCUGGACUGGAGAGUCCACAUUGUGGACUGGAGACUCUGGGGUUGUGUCGCUGCAGAUUGUCAGAGAUCAGCUGUUCUUCUCUGGUCUCAGUUCUGAAGUCCAACUCCUCCCACCUGAGAGACCUGGACCUGAGUGAGAACGGUCUGCAGGAUUCAGCAGUGAAGCCUCUGUGUGAUCUUGUGCAGAGUCCAGACUACAGACUGGAGACUGUGAGGUGGAAGACAGUGUGGUGAUGAUGAUGAUGAUGAUGAUCUUCAUCCUGAGUCAGCACAUCUGGAACAAACAUCAUGUGAAGGACAAAGGUUUUUCUGUGACGUCACUUUUAACGUGGUCAUCUCGGUCCUGUCGUCCUGAACCUGUGACAUUGUGACGUGAACAUUUCACAACUUCACAACUUCACAACUUCACAACUUCAUUCUUUCCGAGGCGUCUUCCGUGCACGUGUGUGGGCUCUGUCUUCACAGAGGUCCUCAUUCUAUGGUUAUGGUCGUUCAAAAAUAUUUCUCUUUCUACACGAAACUGAUGGUCAAAGAAAAAGCUAAAAGCUACUUGUUGUUUGUUAUUUGUUAUUAUGACUUUUGACUUUAUUAUAAGGCUUAGUGUAGUGACUUCAUCAUGAGUGCUCAUACUAAAAUAAACAUCAUUUCUAUUAUUAUUUCUAUAAUCUGUAUACAGACACUUUCCAUGAUAGGACGUAUGAAUGUUAUUA